AGGUCUGGUCAUGCAGCUAACAUUGUCCACUUUCAGAUCGGCGGCCAUGACCGAUCGAAGCGAAUUUUCUGGAUCGACGGAGGAAUCCAUGCGCGUGAGUGGGCCGCACCACAUACUGCAUUGUACUUCAUCCAUCAGAGGUCUGGUCAUGCAGCUAACAUUGUCCACUUUCAGAUCGGCGGCCAUGACCGAUCGAAGCGAAUUUUCUGGAUCGACGGAGGAAUCCAUGCGCGUGAGUGGGCCGCACCACAUACUGCAUUGUACUUCAUCCAUCAGCUCACCUCCCGUUAUGACACCGAUCCAACCAUCAAGAGUCUCCUCGAAGAAAUCACUUUCGUCAUAGUGCCAUGUGUGAACCCAGAUGGAUACGAGUUCACUCGCUCCUCAACGAAUCCUCAUAUUCGCUUGUGGAGAAAAAAUCGAUCCCAAAUGCAAUGUCGCAAGGACAGCUGGGGACGGAAUCGCUGCUGCCGCGGUGUGGACCUGAAUCGAAAUUUCGAUUUUCAUUUCAAAGGGCGAUACGUGAUGCGAUCUUGUCAAGGCGCUAUCGAGGCCGUGUCGACGCUUUCAUUACCCUUCAUACUUACUCACAGAUUUGGAUCCAUCCUUACGGUCACCGAAAAGACAGCUAUCCUGGUGAUAUCCAGGAACUGGUACGACGUGGGUAAGAAAGCGGCAAGAGCUCUGGAAAAGGUCUAUGGCACGAAAUACGUUGUUGGAAGUGGAGCGGACACCCUAUAUCCUGCUUCUGGUGGUAGCGAAGAUUGGGCAAAGCAUGCUGGUGGCGUAAAAUACGUGUAUCUGCUGGAACUACGCCCCGAUGAAAAAAACUGGGACGGCUUCAUCCUCGGCGAAUCGGAGUUGGUGCCGACAGCUCGAGAAACAUGGGAAGGAGUGAAGGUGGUCGCUAGCGCUGUGUUGGACCGUGUGCGGCGAAAAAUGCCGCCUGAGCAGCGAAACGAUUCCCGCCUUUGGCGAGUGGCACCGAACUCAUGCUACCGACUCUGCCAUGCUUGUAAAGCGCUUGGUGUCAGCAACGACCAAUUUGUGCCGCUCGGUCCCGAUAUUAUGCGAGAAAAUCGCGCUAUUCAAGUGGCAAUGUUGUACAAUGGUGAAGCCAUCGGCCCCCGCAAAGGAGUUGCUCCGCUUCUGAAACAUUGA